UCACAUGGGCCCUCCCGGUUCCGGCGCUGCGGAGGCCCGGAAUCGAGAACGAGUGUCCGACACCAUGUCUGGUUUGUCUGGCCCACGAUCCCAGCGUGGCCCCUGCCCGGUGGCGUUGCUGUUUUUAUUCCUGCUCGGCCCUAGCUCAGUCCUCGCCAUCUCCUUCCAUCUGCCGGUGAACUCUCGCAAGUGUCUCCGCGAGGAGAUCCACAAGGACCUGCUGGUGACGGGCGCCUAUGAGAUCACCGACCAGUCUGGGGGCGCUGGCGGCCUGCGCACCCACCUCAAGAUCACAGAUACUGCGGGCCACAUUCUGUACUCCAAGGAGGAUGCGUCCAAGGGGAAGUUCGCCUUUACUACCGAGGACUACGACAUGUUUGAAGUGUGCUUUGAGAGCAAGGGAACGGGGCGGACACCUGACCAACUUGUGAUCCUAGACAUGAAGCACGGAGUGGAGGCAAAAAAUUACGAAGAGAUCGCAAAGGUUGAGAAGCUCAAGCCGCUCGAGGUGGAGCUGCGUCGUCUCGAAGACCUUUCCGAGUCCAUCGUGAACGACUUUGCCUACAUGAAGAAGCGAGAGGAGGAGAUGCGGGACACCAACGAAUCCACAAACACCCGGGUCUUAUACUUCAGCAUCUUCUCAAUGUUCUGCCUCAUCGGACUGGCCACCUGGCAGGUCUUCUACCUGCGCCGCUUCUUCAAGGCCAAGAAGUUGAUUGAAUAAUGAGGUGCAGCCUCCUCCCCCCUCGUACCUCAGCCAGCAGAACAUCGCUGGGACGUGCCUGGCCUUGGGCAUCCUACCAACAGCACCACUAAGGCACAUUGGAGUUACCCCCUACAGCCUACAAAUCAGUGAGGGACUUCUUUUCAACUUGGUAGGAUUUGGACUCAUUUUGCAACAAUAGGACUAUUAUUAGUCACCUAAGACAAAACAUAGGGGUUACUUGGAUAAUGCCUAAGCCAGCAUUCGUACUGGGUUUCGCCGUGGGAUCUGUUUGAACCAUUUCCUUCCCUCUCCCACUCGCUCACCAGCCUGGGCUCCCUCCCACUCGAGUUGUUUCACUAAGAUUUUUAUGACUAUAUGGAAGGAAGCUAUUUCAUUCUCAUUAUCCCCUUUAAUUUCCUUGCAAAAACGCCCUUCCCUUUCUUGUGGCCCUCAGCUGAAAUGGUUACGUGGCUUCUCUCUGAUAUCCUGUCAUAAAUUUAUGUCGCUCCAAAGGGUCAUGAAUGUUACACCUCAUCAAAAUGAGCUUUGAACUGCAGAUAACUCUGAAAGGAGAUUGCAUUUUAGACAAUUAAAAUAUUUGUGUUCA